UUGACUAGAAUUUGAUCAACUCAGAUAAAAUGUUAACCGAGGCAUCAUCAGUGAGGGAGAGGAAAGCAGAUCGCAUGGAGCAGAGAAGAGGCCUUCCUUCCUUCAUUUCUUCACAUGAAGAAGAAGAGACGGAAAACAUCGCCUCCGACAUUAUUCAGUUUAUCGGAUGGACGCCACUGAUAGAACUAAAAAGAAUAGUAGGAAAUGAAGGAUUGAAUAUCCGUUUGGUUGGCAAACUUGAGUCAUAUCAGCCUCUUUGCUCGGUUAAGGACCGUGGAGCACUCAGAAUGGUAGAAGAUGCUGAAGAGAAAGGCCUCAUCUCACCAGGCAUCAAUACAUUGGUAGCGCCAACCAGUGGAAAUCUAGGCAUUUCUUUUGCAUUUAUAGCUAUUAGGAAAGGCUACAAGUUCCUUGCUAUUAUGCCGGCUAACUACUCAGUCGAAAGACGCAUGCUCUUAAGAUAUUUGGGAGCCCAAGUAUUACUAACUGAUCCUAAACUAGGGAUCAAGGGAAUAUAUGACAGAGUGGAUCAAUUGAAAGAGAAAGAUCCUAAUAUGUUUGUUCUAGAUCAAACAACUAACCCAGCAAAUCCUGAGGCGCACUUUCUAAGCACUGGGCCUGAAAUAUGGAAGGAUACGGCGGGCAAAGUUGAUAUUUUUGUAUCUGGGUCUGGGUCUGGAGGUACUAUUACUGGUGCUGGAAGAUUUCUCAAAAUGAAAAAUCCAGCGAUUAAGAUUAUUUGUGUUGAACCUGUAGAGAGUGCAGUCAUUUCAGGCGGUCAACCCGGGACCCACAACAUUCAGGGUCUAGGGCCAGGAUUUGUUCCAGAAAUCUUAGACACUUCCCUCAUUGAUGAAAUCAUCACAGUCACCACAGCAGAGGCAAUGGGCCAUGCCAGAAGACUUGCUCUAGAGGAAGGACUGGUUAUGGGUAUUUCAUCUGGAGCAGCCUUGGCUGCCUCCGUAAAGAUUGGCAGGAGGGAAGAAAACAAAGGGAAGAUGAUUGUAACUGUGUUUCCAAGUGCUGCAGAAAGAUACAUGAGCACAGAAUUGUUCGAGGAAAUCAGAGAAGAGUGCAUCAAUAUGACCUUCUAAUGGGAUUUUACCUUCUUAGAAAUCAUGAGUAAAGCAUAUAUGCCCUCGUUGAAUUGUGUUUAUUGUACAGUUAUUGUGAAUAAACUAUGGUUAAGUAAUUGUGAACAUGGUUUUGUAUAA